AUAACCUCAAAACCAGUGACAGGAUGAGUAACCGCAUAUCUCAACAAAUAUUCGCUGCGGGACGUAUUUUAUUUAAACCCUCGAAAAUAUGUCGUUGCAAGUUAGAUAGCAACAAUACACAGUUGCUAAAGUCGAGAUUAUACGCAACCGACAAAGCUUACAAAGUUACUGACGAUGAAAACGUUACGCAGAGUAAAAAACCUAACCUCUCCAUUGGUGCGAGGGGAAAAUACAAGAUUUUCCAAGAUGAUGAUUCGACGGUUAUAUUUGAUGUAGACGAGGAGAAAAAGAAAAUUGAUUUGAAGGAGUUAAACGCCCCCAUGGAAGAAAAAGAUUCUUUCGAAGGCAUCAACUUAAACCGAGGAACGAAUGGUGUAUUUGAAAUCGAACAUCUCAUUGAUGUUUUAAAAAAAGACAAAGCCGUGGACAUCUUUGUGGCUACCGUACCUAAGGAAUAUGCUUAUGUUGAUUACAUUGUUGUCGUCACUGGAAAGUCACAAAAGCAUAUGAUUGCGCUAGCUCAAUUUGUACGCAAGAUAUAUAAAAUAAAAAGAGAAAAAGGGGACAGAAUACCAAAAAUUGAAGGAAAGAAGUCACAAGAAUGGUUAGCUUUAGACUUAGGAAAUAUUGCUUUACACAUCUUCUCAUCAAAUGUUAGAAAGAUGUAUGACUUGGAGACUCUGUGGACUGUUGGCUCUUUGUAUGAUGACGAGACCCACAAAACCUGUAAAUCUAGUGAGAUAUUUGAGAAAUAUAAUGCUUUCCUAGCCAAUCUUGAGCCAGCGGACGCUUAAAAAACCUAAAGUAAGAUAAUAUUAUAAAUUGUAUAAAUAAAGUUACCUUAUACUUCCCAA